AUGAUGCGAGGACCUAAAUACAAACUGCAAAAUAUACAAGAGCUUUGUAGAUCCAACUUUGAUGAUGAUGAAGAUCCAGAAGUAUAUCAAGAUGUAAGAGUUGAUAAAUUUGGAAACCCAAUCAAUAAAUAAUUAAAGUUUCACAUCUGUUUUAGAGAUGAAAUCAUACCUUCUCAAUAAGUAUUUGAUAUUCAUAUUGUGGAAAAUUGGAAACUCUAUAAUCUUAUUGAAGAGAAAGAAGAGUCCGAUGCUUGUUGUAAACAAUUUUGUUAGAUUAUAUGA